CAGUGCAGGGAUUUCACGGCCCACACGGGGUAUGAGGUGCUGCUGCAGAGGCUGCUGGAUGGCAGGAAGAUGUGCAAGGAUGUGGAGGAGCUGCUCAGGCAGAGGGCCCAGGCGGAGGAGAAGUACGGAAAGGAGCUGGUGCAGAUUGCGCGCAAGGCCGGGGGCCAGACAGAGAUCAAUUCCCUGAGGACCUCCUUUGACUCCCUGAAGCAGCAGACAGAGAAUGUGGGCAGUGCACACAUCCAGCUGGCCCUGGCCCUGCGUGAGGAGCUGCGGAGUCUAGAGGAGUUCCGUGAGAGGCAGAAAGAGCAGCGGAAGAAGUAUGAGGCUGUCAUGGACCGUGUCCAGAAGAGCAAGCUGUCACUCUACAAGAAGACCAUGGAGUCAAAGAAGGUAUAUGACCAGAAGUGCCGGGAUGCAGAUGAUGCUGAACAGGCCUUUGAGCGUGUGAGUGCCAAUGGCCACCAGAAGCAAGUAGAGAAGAGCCAGAAUAAAGCCAAGCAGUGCAAAGAGUCCGCCACAGAGGCAGAGCGAGUGUACAGGCAAAAUAUUGAACAGCUGGAGAGAGCAAGGACCGAAUGGGAGCAGGAACACCGGACCACCUGUGAGGCCUUCCAGCUGCAGGAGUUUGACCGGCUGACCAUCCUCCGCAACGCUCUGUGGGUGCACUGCAACCAGCUCUCCAUGCAGUGUGUCAAGGAUGAUGAGCUCUAUGAAGAAGUACGGUUGACACUUGAAGGCUGUAAUGUGGACGGCGACAUCAAUGGCUUCAUCCAGUCCAAGAGCACGGGCAGAGAGCCCCCAGCUCCAGUGCCUUAUCAGAACUACUAUGACCGGGAGGUCACCCCACUAAUUGGCAGCCCCAGUGUCCAGCCAUCCUGCGGUGUGAUAAAGAGGUUCUCUGGGCUGCUGCAUGGAAGUCCCAAGACCACGUCUUCUCAACCUCCUGCUGCUUCCACGGAGAAUCUGGGUCCCACUCCUGAUCGGAACGAGUUGGUCUAUGCAGCCAUCGACGUGCAGGCGACACAGGGAAACCUUACCGCAUCAGCCCAGGACUACCGGGCGCUCUAUGACUACACGGCACAGAAUUCCGAUGAGCUGGACAUUUCUGCAGGAGACAUUCUGGUGGUUAUCUCGGAAGGAGAGGAUGGCUGGUGGACAGUGGAACGGAAUGGACAGCGUGGGUUUGUCCCUGGGUCCUAUUUGGAGAAGCUCUGAGGAAAGAACAGUAGUACCCACGCACCUCGGCCCUGACGGUGAGGUCAGGACUGUUCUCAUCACUGCCCAGGCCUCGUGGGGCCAGACUCAAGCUUGGUUGCCCUAGGGAUGGGAUGGGUGCUGGCUGUUCCCAGUGCAUUUCUUCCAGAAGGAAUAAAGGGGCACAUUCUUCCUU